AUGCUCGAACCUUUCGGUCCUAAUGUGGUGUCCACCGAUGGUGAUCUAUGGAAAUUCCAUCUCCGUGUCACUGUGCCCCCACUACAAGGCGAUGUUGUGCAUCGAACUGUUUGGACGGAGACUUUGCAUAGAAGUGAGAUCCUGGCCACCCGCUGGAUAGGUGCAGCAGCAGGAAAAGCAGCACCUUCCCUCCGGGAUGGAGUUUACGAUUUGACAGUUAAUGUCAUGUCCGUUGCGGGUUUUGAAAAACAGUAUCACCAGCAACUGGAGACGGGGAAGAAAGAAAAAGAGGACUCGACUUAUUUUCCACCCCUGGGCCAUCAUCGUUUGUCGCUUGUGGAAUCACUCUUCCGGGUAGUCACUAAUCUGCCCAUUUUCGUGCUUUUCCCGGCCUGGUUAGUCCGAUUCUGCGCGCACACGGUAUAUACGGCGUAUUCCGAGCUGAACCAGUACAUGGACGAGCUCCUGGCUCAAGAAAAAGCCGACAUACGGGCACGCCAGGGGACCAACAACACGACCAGGGCCAAAGGAAAUCUACUCACUGCCGUCGUCGAGUCCAACAAUCAACAACCGGGGCUCAAGACUUCGGGCCCAGUAUCAGGUCCUGGAGGACGCACCCAGUUGACGGAUGUCGAAGUCAAAGGGAAUGUUUUCAUGUUCCUAUUGGCAGGAUACGACACCACAGCGAAUACGAUACUCUUUUCGGCCAUCAUCCUGUCACUGAAUCCUCCCAUCCAAGAUGCUGUCAUUUCUGAGAUCCAACAGGUGCAUCGUGAAGCCGUGGCUGCCGGGCGAUCUGAUCUCUCUUACGAUGAGGACUUGCCCAAAUUCCGAUAUUUAUUAGCUUUCAUGUACGAAGUCAUGAGGGUAUUUCCCAUCGUCAUUCCCAUCACCCGGUUAGCGGUCACAGACCAGGACCUCGUUGUGGAUGGGACCAAACAUACCCUUCCUGCCCAGACACUCACUAUCGUCAACAAUACGGCCAUCCACCACGAUGAGGCCAACUGGCCUCAUCCCCACAUCAUCGAGCCUCGACGCUGGCUGACGACCAACCCAAACACAUUUGACCCGACCAAUAAUACCACGACCACUAAUACGACUUCUCCAGAUGAUCCUCAGCAACCAGCAGAAACAACAAUCCAUCAACCUACGGUCACCUCCGCACGACCGGGGACAACACAUCGUCGCGGAACCUUCAUGACAUUCAACGAAGGUCCUCGCGCAUGUCCUGGGCGACGUUUUGCCCAGGUCGAGUUCGUGGCGUUCUUUUCUCAAUUACUUCGAGACCAUCGGCUGGGAUUGGUGGAUGAGUCCACCACGGCUCGGGAAAACUUGGAGCGCCAGGUCCGUCUGCUCGGGGGAGGCUCACCGGUCACAUUAGUGCCUCCUGUCGAUGUCAAAGUUUGUUUAUGGGCAGUUUGA